UUAUUUAAUCUGCCGCCGUUCUGCCACGGUCGGGCGCCGCGGAGUCGGGUGCUGCCGGUGUCGGUCGUUCUGUUUAUUUUCAUUGUGUUACUGACCUUAAACGGUGCUCGUCAUGUCGCCUGCUCUCUCGUGAUGCGGUCCAAUAAACAAUUGCAAUUAAAUGGGCUCCAUAUUUGGAAAACAACGCUGGCCCAACUUCAAAGGAAUGCAGUCGGACCUCCAAAGCCUAUUUCAGUUAUGUGCUAGCCUAUACGACCCCCUCUCAACUGACAUUCAGGUUAAAGUGGUCGAGUAUCUGCAAAGGACCACACAGAGCGAACAUGCCUUUAUACUCCUUGUGUCCGAGGAACAGGACGAGCUGAUUUGUAAGGUGAUAGGUGAUCGGAUACUAGAAGAACCGGCCAAGUUUUCGGCUUUGGGCAACAGCUUCAGCUACGCCAUAUCCGACAAGCGCCCUCUCAGUCUCGAAGACAUCCAUCAUGACCAUCGAGAGGAGGUUAGUCGACUGAUUGGGUCUGCCCUCCACUCACUCUUGUGUGUCCCGGUGCACCACCCAAGGUUCACCGACCGGGUCGUCAUGCUUCCCUGCGUGGUGAACAAGGCCAAUGGCAAAGAGUUCACGCGGCGCGACGAGGCGGCGCUGCGCGAAUGUUUUCAGUGCAUCACUCCCUGCCUGCUUAAGUCGACGGCUUACGAGGAGGAGCGGCGGCUCAGGGAAGAGUGCCAGUCGUUGCUGCUGGUGGCGAAGAACCUCUUCACGCAUUUAGACGAUGUGACGUUGCUCCUGCAGGAGAUCAUGGCAGACGCGCGCAACCUCACGAAAGCAGAGAGGUGCUCAUUAUUCCUGCUGGACAAGGACCAAAACGAACUAGUUGCCAAAGUGUUUGACGGCAACUUGGCCGAGGACGGAACGGAGGCUAUGACGGAAGUUCGGAUUCCGGCCAAUCAGGGCAUCGCUGGUUACGUGGCAACUUCAGGUGAACUGUUGAACAUCAACGACGCCUACGCACAUCCCCUCUUCUAUCGGAAGAUGGACGAAACCACCGGCUUCAAGACGAGAAACAUUCUGUGCUUCCCCAUCAAAGAUGAAUCUGCCGUUAUUGGAGUGGCCGAGCUGUGCAACAAGAUCAAUGGCAAGCACUUCUCCUUCUUCGAUGAGGAAAUCGCCAAGGCCUUUUCCAUAUACUGCGGCAUCAGCAUUAUGCAUUCUCUGAUGUGGAAGAAGGUCAGGGAUGCACAGCACAGAAGCAAGCUCUCGAACGAACUCAUGAUGUACCACAUGCUGGUGUCGAAUGAAGAUGUGAAGCAGUUACUGAACAAGGAGGUGCCCAGUCCAUUGUCGUUCAGCGCCGACUUUGCAAAGUUCUCCUUCACGCCGCGCGUGAUUCCUGACCGGACUACUCUCGUGGUUGUGAUAUCCAUGUUUGAAGACCUUGGCUUCAUCAACAGGUUCAAGAUUCCCCGGGACUCUCUGGCAAAGUUUGUGCUGAUGGUGAAGAAGGGCUACAGGGAUCCCCCAUACCACAACUGGUACCACGCCUUUGCGGUGGCCCACUUCUGCUACCUGCUCCUCAAGAAUCUCAACCUCGUGGGACCCUACCUCACGGAACUCGAGGGUCUGUCAUUGUUUGUGGCCUGCCUCUGUCACGAUCUCGAUCACCGGGGCACCAACAACUCAUUCCAACUCACCUCCAAAUCCAUCCUCGCCUCACUGUACAGUUCUGAAGGCUCCGUCAUGGAGCGUCAUCACUUUGCUCAAGCGAUGGCAAUACUGAACACCGAUGGUUGCAACAUCUUCGAAAACCUGUCUCGGCAGGAAUACACCGACUGCCUGGAUCAAAUGAGGGACGUCAUCUUGGCGACAGACUUGGCGCAUCACUUCCGGAUAGUGGAGGAACUCAAAACGAUGGUACAAGAGGGCUAUGACGUGAGCAACCGCAAGCACCACCAACUCCUCACAAGCAUGCUGGUGACCUGCUGUGACCUUUCGGACCAGACCAAGGACUGGAGGAGCUCCAAGAAGAUAGCUGAGCUCAUCUACAACGAGUUCUUCUCGCAAGGCGACCUGGAGAAAGCGAUGGGGGUGAAGCCAAGCGAGAUGAUGGACCGGGAGAAGGCCUGCAUCCCCGAGCUACAGAUCAACUUCAUCCAGACCAUCGUCAAGCCAAUCUUCGACCUCUUGGCCGAGAUGUUCCCAGCCGCCAAGGAGACUGCGGAUGCGGUGGACCACAACAAGCUGUACUGGGAGCGUGUCAGCGACAUCUGCAGACGGCGCUAUGCCAACAGCGCCUCCUCCCUCGACCUCUUUGAGGACGAGAAGCUGGAGAAGGAGGUGCUGCGUUGCCUCGAAAAGAUAGAAGAGCAUGAAUGAACGCCGGCUUGGACCCAGACACGGAGAAGCAGUACCGAACGUUCCAGGGACUGUCACGCGACCUCCCUCUUCGCAGCGCCAUCCCUUCCAGCACAGAAGCCCCCCGGAGGAUGCGGCAUCUUUCAUCACCUACUCAAACUUUUAGGGCACCCCACUGUCCCCACUCGACUCCCUUGAAGUCGCGUGACCCCUUCAAGUCCUCGGAGGAACCAGGACACUCAGGAAUUCAACCUUGGAGAGGGCCCAGCUUUGUUUGUGCAUCUCACCGACGGUAGAAGAAAACCGGCAGACACCUUUGCACCAGCAAUCGCCUUGCAGAGGUCCACACGAGUCAAGCCACCGCAUUCCAAGAACGGCGACGGAGAAACCGCGACCACUGCACGUGCGGCACUACUACUGAAAGUUGCCGGGGACCUCCGACAAGUCCGCGUCGUCCGGGGCGCGCGCGACUUCGUUUGCCCGAUCGUUUGUUUGGUUCUUGUCCGUUGCGUUUGAGGAACGAGUCGGCAAGACGUUGCAGCGCGGGGACCAAGGUUGCCUACCUCAGCCGGACUGCCGCCACCGCUCUCCAUGCCGGGUAACGAGGGGCAGCGUCCUGCGAGGGGAAACGACUAAGGUGCUUCUCGGUUAUUUCGCCGCCGCGUCCGUCGGAAAGUUGUCGUCGUCGCACGCCAGUUGCGGCUACUUUCCCCCAUUUCCCCCGUCCCCUUAUUUAUAUUAUCCUGUACAUAUUGUGUAUAAUGCAUUCUAUGGUUUGACUGUUAUAUUUUCUAUUUUACUUGCCACCUUUUGCCUGGCGUCACCCGCGUUUGUUCCGCGACUGCCAUUUCCGCGUUCCGCAGCGAACGGUUUCGCCCGCCAGAGCGGACCCGUUGUGGUUGGGCAUUGUACAGUCGCGGAACCGGUCCAGCAACUUGGGUGUGUACAAGUUUAAGCAGUGCACAUUUUAGAGUAAAAAACGACCUUCGUCAGCAAUAUCCGCCUCCUCCGAUUCCGUCUCGGUCGGCGUACCGCACGCAGGCACGACCAUCCGCCUGUUCGUCUCGCGUUGCAUUCCCAGUGUGUCGGCGUCUUCAUCUUCUUUUGCCACAAACGCUCAAAUCCCGAAGAGAGAAAGAGAAAAAAGAAAACCGGGAAACGCAAUCACCCAUUGCUCACCUAACCCAUCUGUAUUAGUGAUACUUGUGUGCGUACCAGUAUGCUUGCCAUAGUUUGGAACUCUAUUGCUCGAUUGAUUUUCGAGAUCACCACGAAAGACCAUCCCGAACUGCCAGACUGGACUCUGAAGUUCACUCUUACGGAUUGGAAGUUUGUUCUCCUGUUGUAGGUGCACAUACGUGUGAAAUGAUGGAAUGUUGAUUGGAAUGCGGGCUGCAGCUAGACGCCUACUAUGCGUUCUUGCUAGGCACGUGCACUGCAGCAUGCGGCGAGUCCAAAAGUGCAUUGCUAUGUUGUGUAAAUAGUUGAAGGAUGUCCGUUAAAGGUUGAGCCACUAUCACCCGCACAUGUUGCACACUCGCGCAGUUUCUCCGACCCCCUUUUUGAGACCUCUUUGGGGAUCAAAAAUGGUGCUGCUUAAUUUAGAAAGGAGACAACUGUGUGCAUCUUUUCUCUGCCUCAUGUACAUACUUUGUCAAGAAGGAAUUCGGCCCCACAUGUUUAGGUUUUUUGGUGGGGCUACGUAUAUAUAUAUAUAGAAAGAGAAGAGAGAGAAACUUUUGACUGUUAAUAAAUGUUGUGUGUAUACUAGGAA